CGGCCGGCCGGUCAGUCCGCGCGCGCCCUCGCCAUGGCUCGGUGGCUGCAGGCUCUGGCGGUCGUGUUGCUGCUCGCCGCCGCCGCGAGCGCGCGUAAAUCCCCCGCCCCGAGCAAACACGAGCCCCAGAUCGAGGAGGUCACCGCUAAACAGUUGGAGAGAGUGCUGGAAGACAAGGAUUUCGUCGCGGUGUACUGGUAUGCAAGAAGCUGUGUAACGUGUGACAAGGUAUUAGAAGAACUUGAAAAGAUUGAUGAUGACACGGACACGUUCGGAGUGGACUUCGUUAAGAUCAACGACAAGCGGCUCGCGAAGCAGUAUGGCAUCACGAAAUUCCCCGCCCUCACGUACUUCCGUGAGAAGGAACCGAUCAUUUACGAAGGAGAUCUCAUGGACGAAGAGAGCGUCCUGGAUUUCUUGACGAGUUUAGAAGCAAUGGACCUUCCUGACCGGAUAGAAGAAGUCAACCAAAAAAUCCUAGCGAAAAUCAUCGAGGAUACUGACUAUGUAGCAGUUCUCUUCUGUCCUGAUCACAAAAGUUGCGGCCCGUCAAACAACAAGCCAGAAUGUAAGAAAUGCGCAAAGGCUCUGCAAGAGCUGGAGAACAUUGACGACGAGGCUGACCAACUCGGGAUCGGUUUCGUGAAGAUCCACGACGAGGAACUAGCCGAGGAGUACAAUCUUGGAGACCUGCCAAGACUGGUGUACUACAGGCAUCAGAUACCUAUUAUCUAUGAAGGUGAGCUGAGCAGAGAAGAGGAUGUACUGGAGUGGUUGAUCACUAACAAAUCUACCGGUGACGAAGAAGAUAUCAUUGAAGAUGUUACAGCAAAGACUUUGAAUACCUUAAUCGGGAAUGUUGACAACCUUGUCGUACUGUUCUACGACCACGGCGACGAUGAGUCGAUGACAGUUCUGGGAGAGCUUGAGAAGAUUGACGAUGACUGUGACCGCCACGGCAUUCAGUUCGUCAAGAUCGACGAUGUCAAAGCAGCCAAAGACUUCGGUAUCGAUGACCUACCAUCCAUCGUCUACUUCGAGAAGCAAAUCCCCAACGUUUACGACGGUGACCUUGAGAACGAAGAAGAAAUCUUGGAGUGGCUCGUCGACCAGCUCGAGAAGGACGAGAUUGAAGAUGUCACCGAUGAAAUGUUGGACCGACUUAUUAAAGAUGGCAAGACUGUCGCCGUGUUGUUUUAUGAUAAUAACGACCGUAAAUCACAGAAAGUACUUAACGAACUGGAGAAUAUUGAUGAUGAAUGUGACCAACUUGGCAUUGCGUUUGUGAAAAUUGAUAAUGAUGAAGAAGCUCAAGAAUACGGUAUUGAAAAAGUCCCUACGCUACUUUAUUUCGAAAAGGGAAUACCUACUUACUACGAAGGCAACUUAGAAGAAGAAGAAAAGGUUCUGGACUGGCUCAGACAUCAGACUGAGAGCGACGAGAUUGAAGACAUUACCGAUGAGAUGCUGGACCUGAUCAUCGACAAAAUGCAAUACGUCGCCGUCCUGUUCUACGACAAGGACCAAAAGAAGAGUCAGAAGAUUUUGGGUGAGCUGGAGAACAUUGACGAUGAGUGUGAUCAGAAUGACAUCGCCUUCGUCAAGAUCGAUGAUGACAAGGAAGCUAAGGAGUAUGGUAUUGAGACUAUUCCUACGAUGGUGUUCUUCGAGAGAGGUAUCCCUCACGUGUACGAAGGUGACCUGAUGAAGGAAGAGGAGCUGCUGGGAUGGUUGCUCCACCAGAAACGUCACAGCGAAAUCCCUGAAGUCACUGAUGAAAUGAUGGACAAACUUAUUGUCAGCACACCCUACUUGGCUGUGAUCUUCUACGACAGAGAAGACAAACAAGACAUCAGGAUCCUUAACGAGCUUGAGAACAUCGACGAUGAACUAGAAAAGGAAGGCAUAGUCAUUGUACGAAUGGACAAUGAAAACGAGGCUAAAGAAUACGGUAUUGACCAUCUACCAACUCUCGUGUACUUUGAAGAGAACAUCCCCGCUAUAUAUGAAGGAGAUCUGAUGAAUGAAGAUGAAGUACUCGAGUGGUUGAUUGAACAGAAGAACAGUGCUACCAUCGAAGAAGUUACCGAUGAGAUCUUAACUGAUCUUAUUGAGGAGCACGAAUACGUUGUGGUGUACUUCAGUGGUAACUGUGAAGAAGGCGAGGAAUGUGACAACAUCCUGGACGAGUUGGAGAACAUUGACGACGAGCUGGACGAGACCGGCAUCAUCUUCGUCACCACUGAAGACAUCAGCCUCGCCAAGAAAUACGGCAUCAAGACCUUCCCUACACUUGUUUUCUUCAGGAACAAGGAUCCUCUUAUUUACAAGGGUGACAUCGAGGAUGAAGAUGAGGUACUGGCCUGGUUGACCGAUGAAGACACCCUGGAGAUCCCCGGCAAGAUCGAAGAGGUUAACUCUAGGAUGCUUGAGAAGAUCUUGGAAGAGAACGACCACGUCGUUGUAUUCUUCUACAAAGAAGGCGACAAGAAAUCUCAAAAGAUUCUGAGCGAGCUCGAAAACAUUGAUGAUGAAUGUGAAGAGAAAGACAUCGAUUUCGUCAAGACUUCCGACGAUGGCAUCGACAAGGAGUAUGACCUUUCCGAUCUACCAGCCCUAGCCUUCUACAGACACAAGUUCAGGACUAUCUACGAAGGCGAUCUGAUGCAUGAAGAAGCUAUCCUCAAAUGGGUGUUGGAACUCCACGACUCCCAGCCUGACGUCAUCGAGAAUGUAGACAGAAAAACCUUGAAAGACCUCAUCAAUGACGUCGAACAUCUAGCCGUGUUUUUCUAUAGCGAAGACUGUGACACAUGUGAUGAUAUCCUUGAGGAGUUGGAGACGAUAGAUGACGACACAGAUAAGCACGGCAUUCAGUUCGUUAAGUCCAAGGAUUCGAAGCUCGCGUCAGAUAUCGGUAUAUUCAGCUUCCCAGCACUCGUCUACUACGAAACAGGUGUUCCAAUCAUGUACGACGGGGAUCUAUUGGACGAAUCUGAGGUGUUGGAUUGGAUGGUUAGACAGAAGGAAGAUGAAAGUAUAGAGGAAAUUGAUAGAGACCAAUUAUUCAAAUAUAUCGAAACUAAAGAAUUCCUCGCUGUCGUAUUCUAUAAAGAAGAAGAUCCAGAUAGUCCAAAAGUACUAAGGCACGUGGAACUAAUAGACGAUGAAGCAGCUGAAUACGGAAUCAAAAUAGUAAAAUGUAGCGAUCGGUUGAUGGCGAAGAAAUAUGGGUUCCGUAACCCGCCAGGUAUAACUUACUUCAGGAAAACAAAGGCGAUCAACUACGACGGCGACAUCGACGAUGAAGAAGAAAUACUUGACUGGUUGACCAAUCCUGAGAACAUGGAGUUGACUGAUCACAUCGAGAAAGUCAACAGGAAAAUGUUCCAAAAGAUCAGGCAGACUUCGGAUUACGUAGCGGUAUUCUUUUACAGUAAUGACUGCAAACAGUGUCCUAAAGUGCUAGCAGAAAUUGAGCACAUUGAUGACGAUGCUGAUGAUUCUGGUAUCAACUUCGUGAAGAUUGACGAUAGGCAGAUGGCCAAGGAGUUUGGAGUAUUCGCUUUGCCUGCGGUCUUGUUCUUCAAGAUGGGUUCAAAGGAUCCUGUUAUUUACGCUGGAGAUUUAUAUGAUGAGCAACAACUAUUAAGUUGGUUGUUAACUCAGAAGAAUCCAGCUGGUGACAUUAUAGAAGCCCUCGAAGGACAAGAUCUUCUGGACUUGAUCGAAGAGUCCGGAUCACUUGCAGUUUACUUCUGGAACAAAACGUUGUGUGAAAUGUGCUCUUCGAAAUUAUUGAAAAGGUCAUCGAAAAAGAAAGCUAUAGAACACGAGGAGGAUGAGGGACCGGAUUCAGAGGAUCGCGAUUUUACAGAUAGUUUGGACUGCGAGCAAUGCGCUGGGAUAUUGGAAGAGUUAGAGAAUAUCGAUGAUGAUUGCGAUAGACAUGGCAUCAAAUUCGUAAAGACGCAAGACUAUUCCAUAGCCGAAUCCUAUGGAGUGACAGAUUUCCCAGUCCUGGUGUACUUUGAAAAUAACGUACCAAAUGUGUAUGAGGGAUCUCUGGCUGAAGAGGAGGAAGUGCUACAGUGGUUGAUUACGCAGAAGACCGAAGAUCGUAUCGAACUUAUAACUCGAGUUAUGUUAGAAAAUAUGGUUGAGGACACGCAGUAUUUGGCUGUCUAUUUCUACAAAUUAAACUGCCAUAUCUGUGACCAUAUUCUUGAAGGACUUGAGAGUAUAGACGAUGAGUGUGAUGUCUACGGUAUACAUAUGGUAAAGAUUCAAGAUCCGCAACUCGCAAAGAGAUAUUCAAUUAAAACUUUCCCUGCUAUGGUUUACUUCAGGAACGGCAACCCUCUUCUGUUCGAAGGUGAUUUGCAAAAUGAAGAGUCCAUUCUAGAAUGGCUUAUUGACGAUGACAACAGAGAGUUAGCUGAUGAAAUUGAGUCUGUCAACGAGAGAAUGUUGGAGAGAUUACUUUACGAAUCACAUCUUUUGGUCGUCUUCUUCUACGACGACGAAGACUGUGCAGAAUGUGAAGAAAUUCUCGAAUCUCUUGAACAAAUUGACGGAGAAGUUGACCAAUUUGGUAUUGAUUUCGUCAAAAUCGCCAGCCAAGAAGCAGCUGCAACAUACAACAUUGUUAACAUACCUUCUUUAGUGUACUUCCGUAAGCAAAUACCGAUGUUGUACGACGGAGACCUCCAUCAAGUGGACAGGAUCUUACAAUGGUUGACAUCUCAGGACGUCUUUGAAAUCAAAAACGAAAUUGAGGAAGUGAAUCGUAAGAUGUUGGACAAAUUGUUGGAGGAGAACGAAUUCUUGGCUGUAUACUUCUAUGAAAAAUCAGCUGAAAGUCGUGCGGUUUUGGACAAAUUGGAAAACAUUGACAGCGAAACUGAUAACUUGGAUAUUACUUUCGUGAAGAUGCAAGAUCCACGAUACGCUCGCAAAUGGGGAGUUACCAAGUUGCCGGCUAUUGUGUACUUCAGGAAGAGAUUCCCAAGUAUAUACAGAGGAGACCUCUUGUCUGAAGACGAAGUCCUGGAGUGGCUCCGAAAGAACAGGUUCCGGCAGCCUGAGCUAAAUAUCUUCAUGUACGCUCUCAUAGCGCUAUCGAUAGCGUUCGUGAUGUACACGGCCUUCUUACUGCAGUGCUUCAAGCCUGCCCCGCCCGCGCCCGCGCCGCAUCCGAAGCAGGCGUGAGCCCACAGACUCUUAGUCUUCUUCAUAGAUUGUGACUUAUCGGCCUCACGGCUUAGACUAUACCGACUUCGACACAUGAUCAGUUAGUCCUUGACGAUCCACCGAUGCAAACUUUCUUCAGACAUGGACUAAGGAUCAACUUAUACGUUUACGUUCUUGGGAUCAAACUUUUAUAGAGAUUUUUAGUGAACGACGAAAACACUGGAUUGAAAUAAACAAGUUUUUACAACUCUGAUCUAGGAUCGGUUUGAUGGUGACCUUCAUUUCUUGUUCAAUGGCAUUUUGAAGUACGAUCGUUUCGUUAAGACUGUAUUCUCGGUAGAAAUCUGAAUGGAAAUAUAGUGUGAGAUGUACCGUUUUCCAUAAUCCAAUCCGUGUUUAUGAUACAGUGAUUAUUUUCACCGAUUAUGUCUUCUUGUUACUUAAUGUCUAUAGCCUUAUAGGUUUCGUUGAGCCUUUGUUAAGUUUGUGUUUGAGUUUUUUGAGCUCUCGAACAAUGUUACUUAUUGAUAGAAAUCAAUUUUACUUUAAUUGGAACAUAAGAUGUAUAAGACAUAAUCGUUAUGUUCAAUCUGCUUAUUUGGAAAUAUUCCGAUAGUUUCUUGUCGUGUGUUUCGUGCCGUCUCUUGAGUUAAGUUUUUGUAGCUUUUUGUUUGGUCAGUGAUUUUGUUUUAGAGCUCAUUUUUUUCGAGUGACUGUCCAAUGGGCGGGAGCUGGACUGACGCCCGCAUGGUACUACGAUACUUCUUUAUGUUCUAGUUCUUUGUUAAUUACAUUAUAUUCUCGUGCCAAACUAGUUUCUUCGAUGUUAGAUUCUCGUAAUAUUAUUAUGCAUACGUUGAUGAUUGUGUAGUUUAUUUCGAAUCCUAUUAGAGUAUUUUCGUCUAACGAUUCAUCAUUAGAUCCUUCUAUUUCCUCUCUUAUUACAUAAGUAAUUAAAGAUACUUUUUGCUUAACGUCUUCCAGCUAUGAAUCACCUCCCAAAUAAACAAUAUUUACGUGUCUAUUAUAAUAUUUAUCAACAACUGCAUCAUCAUCAAUGUUACAAGUAACGUAGUAACAUGCCCGAUAAACUGUAUCAUUCCCGCUCGUAAUGUAUAUUAUUGUGUAUAAUUAUAAUGAUACCUUCAACCAGGAAACGUAAGGGAGGCAUGUUGGCUAUAAACGCACAAAUGUGAGACAAGGAACCAUGUAGGUCGUACUUCAAUGAAGGAGAUUGGACAAGGACAGAUGUAGCUGGAGGUGUAUGAGAGAAAGAGAUAGAUAAUAUCCGAGUAAGUAUAUGAAUUAUCAGGAAUAUAAAAACAUGGGAUCCUCAUAACCUUGAGUAUUCUGCAAUACACGUUAUCUGCGAGACGUACUCGUACCACGUUUGUGCGUAAAUAGCCGAAUAAAAAAAUAUGCUCAAAUGAGUCGUGCGCUAAGACAUGCGCAUUCGUUAAUGUUAACGUUGUAUAUAAAAUGUAAAUAAAAUAUAAAAUAAAAUAAAAAUAGUAAAAUUA